UUCUUUGAAACUAAAACUCAUCGACAGAUGUCGCCCUAAAAAUUGUUUAAAAUGUCAGUUGUCAGUGUGCAUUUAAAAUUCUCACUGAAGUAAAUCGAGCAAAAUCGGUUAUUUUUUCAACCGAAAUACAUCAAAACACCUCUCAAAUGAAUCAAUAUUGAAAAAUUCACGAUGACUUCUACAAGCGAAACGCUCAGCAUAUCAGAGUCGGUUUUGGCUCUAUGUAAUCAUUUGGGAAAAAACGAUGAUAGUACUGUAUCGAGUUUAUAUAAAUUGGCGUUUACGUUUUUAUCAACCUCACAGUCAAGUACUGUAACCAGCGAUGAAGCCUUUCUUAUAUCACAGAUCAAAGAGUUAUUAAGUGAGCAAAACCCUGAAUAUUUGGAGAAGUUCGAUUUGUUGUAUAAUAACAUCUGUAAAUCUAAUAUAUUAAAGCAAAGGCCAGCCACAUUACGCUUUCUUUUAAACCUGGCAAAAUCACAGAAUGAUUGUCCAAAGUUCACAUUACUGCAAGGUUUGGAGAAAGUUAAUUCUCAGACGAAUGUGUCCUCAAAAAGAUCAAACUUUUUAAGUACUGUGAGAUCGCAGGAAAGCCUCAAGGACAUUCUUGAUGUGAGAGAUAUUAAGAAAUAUUCCUCUGUGCAGUCUAGCACUACAAGAUUCAUGUCAUCACAAGCUACUACAGUAUCAUCUCAAGAAGUCUGGUCGAGAGAAUACCUAUCCGGUAAACCGUUAAGUUUGAGCCCCGUAACCGAAUCAGAACUACUCCAAGACGUUAUUUACUCUCUGCAAGGCAUUGAAAGCAAAUACCUAAGGAAAGAAGUCGGUGGUCUGGGUUUUGCGGUAGAUUUUAAAGUGGGAAAAAAUUUAACGCCCAUACAGAAAGGCCUUGUCGAUAGGUUGCUGGGAACAUCGUUUUUUCACGGCCAAUUGAAACAGUACUGCGAUGAAAAUGAUAAACAGAGCGGUAUAAUUUGCCAAUCGUUGGUUUCCACUUUAAGAGAGGAAUUGUCGGCUUAUUACAAGACAAUCGCUUUGUUGCAAGCCAACAUGAAGUCCAGUGAUAUGUCUUUAAGAAGGGCAAUUUUUAUACUCUAUGAUCACCAUGCCAAAUUCGAAUGGCUGGCUUAUAUUGCCGAGCAGUGUUCUGAUAAAAAGGGAGGAGCCCUAAUUUCAGCCAUCCAUGGAUUUUUGCAGCACGGUUCAAGGUGUGCACAGGAGGUAUCCGAAAAAGUUUUAACUGCAGUUUGCAAACCUCUGUACAUAAUGUUGUCCCGCUGGUUGCUGGACGGCGAAAUAAACGAUCCCUGUAACGAAUUUUUCAUAGAAAUAAAAUCCAUAUCCAGCGCCGAAGAGUUGUGGGAUAACAAAUACUUUGUCAGAAAACCCAUGGUGCCAUCGUUUAUCACCAUGAACCAGGCCAAUAAAAUUUUGGCCACCGGAAAAAGUAUUAAUUUCUUGAGGCAGAUUUGUAAGGAUGGGGGCCAGUUGCCUGGCAGAGAGAGUUUGCAGAGAUUGUUUAAAAACACUUCAGCUGAAGCAUUAUUUGCGACAGGACAAAAUAUUGAAUUCCACACAACUCUGGAGAACGUGUACAGGGAAACUUCUCUAAGAGUUUUGGAUCUAUUAAAGAACAAAUUCAGAUUGUAUGAACAUUUGCAAUCUUUAAGAAGGUAUCUUUUGUUGGGUCAAGGAGAUUUCAUCAGGCAUUUGCUUGAACUACUUGUCCCUGAACUGUGCAAAAACGCGAACGAAAUCUACGGCCACACUCUUAGCGCAAUCCUGGAAUCUGCUAUAAGAGUGACAAACGCUCAGUUUGAAGACGAAGACACGUUAAAACGUCUGACGGUCAGUUUCGGCGGCUGCUCUCACGGCGACAAGGGCUGGGACGUUUUCAGCCUGUGCUACAUCAUAGACGGGCCGGUCGGGUCCAUUUUCCAAACUACCAUGUCGACUUACAAGUCCCUAUUUGGGGCUUUGUGGAAGGCAAAACGGAUGGAAUUUGUGCUUGCCAAUAUGAGAAAGCAACAGAUUACUAUUGCCAAGCUGUUUAAAAAAGUAAAAGAGUUAAAACCUGUAAUGCACAAAAUCCACGUUCUAACCAGCGAGAUGAUACAUUUUCUGCAUCAAACCCAGUAUUACUUUUUGUUUGAGGUGUUGGAAUGUUCUUGGGCUGAAAUGUUAAACCAAGUGAACAAGGCUGAAAGCUUGGACGACAUUAUCAAUGCUCACAGGACAUUCCUGGGUUCUGUCAAGAAAGGGGUUCUGCUGGAUCCAGAAUACAGGGAAAUUUUCAAUGCACUGAACAGCAUCUACACGCUUGUUCUCGAAUUCGAAACCUACCAGUCGAGCCUGUACGCGGCCGCGGAGGAGGAGCACGCGGCCAUCUGCGACUACGAAAUGCUGGCGGAAAACCCCGAAGACUUCGGGGUGAAUAACGAGUACGAAAUAACGGCAAACGCGCGCAAAGCCGCCUUCCAGACUUUCGUUAAAAGCACGAAGUACAACGUUAACGUCGUCUCGGACCGGUACACGAACUGCGUGCACCGCUACCUGCGACUUUUGUCGUCCAGUUCCAACAUGAACUUGCAGCUGCUCAGCGUGCGGCUCAGCUUCAACGACUUCUACAAGGUCACGUGACAAGAUGUGCGCCGACUGCCUGCAACCACCAACCCACCGAAAUUUGUAACACAUAAAUUAAAGACUGUAGACGAUUUAGAGAUUAAUAAAGCAUCAGCCGCGUCCUUUGUAAACUUGAAUGCAACGUUUCCAGGUGACAAUCGAAGCGGCGAAUUGGAUUUGGAAUCUUCGUCGAGUAAGUAUGGUAGUGUCGAUCAAUUGCUGCACACUGAUAAGAAGAAAAAGCAGAUAUGAUGCUGUGUUGGGUGAAAGGUGUCGUUUUAUUGCAGGGUUUAUGCAGGAUGAAUCCAAAUAUUCUCUGGAUAAAUAUAUAAUUUUUUUAAAUAAAACUAACGUAAUUGAAACACCCUGUAUAAAUCUGCGUGUCUUGCCAAAUUGUUUUCAGUAUAGACGCCUUUCAUCCGCUUUUUUUGUAAUUCUACUUAUUAAGUUUAUUCCAUAUAUUUCAAGACUGUUAUAUUUGCUUUACUGUUAUACAUGUUUACUUUUUACCAAUUAAUAAAUGUACUAUGGCUUUUUAA